UGACCGAUGAUCAGCAUCGUUUCUGUGGACGGUUAUCUGUCAAAACCCGUCAGCAGCGCGAACACAGCGUCCAGUUCAUAGAUUCCAAGGAAGGCGAAGGAGAGAAUGAGAAGAGCGGAUUUUCUUUCUACUUGUAGGCAGAACUCAGCAGAAGAAAGGAAGUGACUUCAAAAGAUUUUGACAUGAAGAAAGACAUAGAGACGCUGAUAUCAGAGGAACGUGCUGAAAUCAUCUCCAGAUAUGACAAGGGCAGGCAGGAUGGUGUCACCAUUGACCCGUGGGAGGAUGCUGACUAUAGCAUCUACAAGGUUAUUGACCGCUUUGGCUUCCUGCAUGAGGAAGAGCUGCCGACGCCCAGCGCUCUAGAGGAGAAGCAAAAGCUGCAUGAGAUAGAGCGAGUGGAGAAAUGGCUGAAGAUGGUGAAGAAGUGGGACAAAUAUAGAAAUAGUGAAAAGCUGGUGAAGCGGGUCUAUAAAGGUAUCCCUCUUCAGCUCAGAGGCCAAGCCUGGGCCUUGCUUUUGGAUAUAGAAAAAGUUAAAAAAGAGAAUGCUGGAAAAUAUGAGAAAAUGAAGCAACAGGCUCGUAAUUUCUCCGCAGAGAUCAAACAGAUAGACCUGGAUGUCAACAGAACCUUCAGGAACCAUGUCAUGUUCAUGGACCGCUUUGGAGUCAAGCAGCAGGCACUGUUUCAUGUACUAGCAGCCUACUCCGUCUACAACACGGAGGUGAGUUACUGCCAGGGAAUGAGUCAGAUCGCUGCCAUCUUGCUCAUGUACCUCAAUGAAGAAGAUGCCUUCUGGGCUCUGUCCCAGCUCCUCACCAACACCAGGCACAGCAUGCAUGGUUUCUUCAUCCCAGGAUUUCCCAAACUGCAUCGUUUUCAGACGCAUCAUGAGUUGAUCCUCUCCAAAAUGCUGCCUAAACUGAAGAAGCACCUGGACAAGGAGCAGAUGACAACAGGGCUUUACUCCACCAAAUGGUUUCUGCAGUGCUUCAUUGACAGAACACCUUUCACCCUCACCCUGCGUUUGUGGGACAUUUACAUUUUGGAGGGAGAGAAGUUGCUGACUGCGAUGGCUUAUACAACCGUCAAACUACACAAGAAACGUCUUCUGAAGCUUCAGUUGGAGGAUUUGAGGGAGUUUCUUCAGGAACAACUCGCUGAUUCUUUCUUCCUGCCUGACGAUGUGGUGAUUGAACAGUUACAGACUGCCAUGUCUGAGCUACGCAGUAAAAAGUUGAGCCAACCUCCUCCAGCCAAGUCUGAAGAGCUGCCAAAGAAGCCUCUUGGUCAGGAGAGACCUGUUGUCCUCCUGCCUGACACUCCUCUGAAUGUCAAGAUGAACCCACAGUCCCCAGCAGACACUCAGGAAAAUGAUUCCAUCAACCAACACCAGACGUCCUCUUUGACGGAGGAGCAGCACUCGAGCCCCUCUGUGGUGCAUAGUCCUUCACCAGACCCAGUUGUAGUGCAUAAAGAAGAACCCCCAUCUACUAAAGACCUUUGUCCAACACCUCCAUUACCUCCAAAAGUAGACAAACCUCGUAUAAAGGUAGAGCUAGUCCAUGAAAUGAAGGAGUCGCACGCUGAGUUCGGACAGACCGCGGUCAACCACCACGGAGACUCUGAGACCCAGGAAGAGGCUGUGGAGUGGCCUCCACCAUAUGAACCUCCUGCUUCAGAUGUUCUCACCAUGCAGGCUGAAGAAGAGAUUCUUGACCUUCCAGAUUUACCGCCUCCACCUUUAAUUUACCUUGAUGAGAUGGACCAAAGACUUCCGGGCAGUGAACCUCCCUGUUUAGGGAAUGACACUGAGCCACACACAAAGACUCACCGGCCUAUCCUCAGCGCCGCCUCGCUACUGCGCUCAGACCGCACAAAUCAAGUGAAGCAAUAUCCAAGACAAUACCCCAAACCACGGAGUUCCUUUGAUCUUGCACAGAGAAUACUUGCUUCUUCAAAGUCUUCUCACUCACGUGCUCUCACCUCAACUCCUUCCUCUCCCAGCCAUCCUCCCCUGAAGCCAACCAAGUUUCCGGUCUCUCUCUCUGUGGCAGUGCCUGAAGGGAACAGACGGCCUUCCAACACCUCACAGUAUGACAACCUUUCUGAGGCUGAUGAGGAGGACCACUGUCCAGAGAAGCUGCUGGAAGCUGGGCGUAGUUUGACACCUGAAGGCGCUCCGGCUGCGUACGUCAGUCACACAGGCUAUGAGCCGAUUCUCCACACUCUUCCUCCAUCCCCCGUGUUCAUCCCUCCUUCACCUUCUCCUACUCCUCCCUCAGCGCGUCCUCUCCCCAGUUUGCCACAGGAGCUAGAAUAUCAAAAAGAUACCAGCUGGGUGGAGGACUCCAUUGUCCCCCCUCCUCCACCUUGUUUUGCUGACAGGCUCACUCCCGUCCACUGCAGCACAGCCGGUCAUUCAGACUCAAACGCAGCCACCUCACCAAGUUACUCUAAACCUUUUUCUCGGGGCCCCAGGGACCGUUCCGCCUUCCCUGCACCACUGCUGUACACCAGGUCUCCCCUGAUCUACUCCAAGCCCCCAGGACAGUCAGCAGUCGAGGUACCCCUGGUCCAGACCACCCCAGACUUUUGCAGGGUCAGUCCAGGAGGACACCAACUGCCCAAGUCGGUGACUUUUUGAAAUGUCUCAGUACCUAGUGUGAUACGAGUUAAAGCGGGUUCAUAAGUAUUUGGACAGUGACACCCCCCUUUUUUUUUUGCCUCUGUGAACCACCAUAAUGGAGGUCAAAUGAAGCAAGAUGUGCUAGCAAUGUAGAUUCAACAGGUUUUAACAAAAAUACUGCAUUAACCAUUUAAGAAUUAGACAUUUGUUUUAAUCUGCUGUCCCUCUAUUUUUAGAGCCAAUACGUAAUUGCACAAACUACGUAUAACUCCACCAUGACUUUGUGACUGGUAGUGCAACCAGUAAAAGUUGCACUUUUUAGUUUCUCCAGUCACACCCAUGGAAGCCUAUAACUCACCGUUGUUCUUUUUGGCUUCUGUCAUUCAGUUUUUGAGAUCUGCCUACUGCAGACAGGUUUACCAGACUGUUUAUACUGUACGUCUUAAUGAUUGAGGUGAAUCAAGUCUCCAAGAUGUUUUCAGUGAUGUGUUCAUGUAUACUUCCAGAAUGCAAAAGUGAUAUUUGUAUUAAAAAUAAUAUGCAUAUUUAUCCAAUUACUUAUGGGCUUUGAAAAUGUAAAGCAGGUAGCUUGGCAGAGUAGAGGUUGAACUACAGAUAUGUAGACCUGGGUUUGUUUUCCAGUCACAUUACUUGUCACUGUCCUUGGACAAGACACUUCAUCUUCAGCUAUAAGUGGGGUCCAAGCUUGGUAGAGGAAGUACAGAAUCUGCAAUGGACUUUCAUCUUGUCCAGGAGUUGUAGGCGCUCAUCCACUUCAUGCUACAGUAGCCACAGAUAUAUACCGGUACCACCUUAGGGCCUGUAUAAGGCAACAAGCAACCUUGAAUCUUUUUUCAUUUCAAUGACAUUGAGGCAAAAUCCCUGAAAACUCAGUCCAAAUACUUAUGAACCUGAUUGUGUGUAUGAGUCGAGCUUUAUAGUGCUUGAGUCAGUUUCAAGAUUAAGAGAAAGGCCUCAAGUAUGGCCAGAAGGUAUUCGGUGUGUCAACUGUUUAAGUGUAAAUGGGUUUUUAUUGUUAUACUGUAUAUACAGAUUUGUCAUACUUGCACAUUUUCUGAAGGGCAGUUACAUUUUUUUGUCAUAUUUAAAAGUGCUUUUUGUGUUACUGUUUGCUGCAUGAACAGCAACUAUAUCAGGU